UGCUGAAUUGAAUGCGUGGCUUAUAAUGAUUGAAUAUGCUGAAUUGACCAUUAGAUCCAACAAAGAAAAGCAUCAGUUCUCUUUUCCCAUCCGCAUUCAUGUUGUUCGAUGAAAGGCCAAACUGAAGUUGAAAUGAACUCACAAACUGCCACAGCUCAAGAGGCAAGAGUUAAACACAGUUCCACCCACCAUACUUAAAAAUUAAUGGCUGAGAUGAACAAGAAAGAAGAGCUGAUCUUCUUUUCCAUACCUGGGAGUGGCCACUUACCUUCAUCUCUCGAAUUAGCACAACUCCUAAUCAAGCACCACAACCAUCUUUCAAUCACAAUCCUCUGCAUGAAGCUCCCUUAUGCUCCUUAUUCAGAUGCAUACAUCAGAUCAGUUACAGCCUCACAACCUCAAAUCCAAGCCAUUGAUCUCCCUCAGGUAGAACCACCUCCACAGGAACUAUUGAGAUCACCACCACACUACAUCUUGACCUUCUUGCAGACCCUCAAACCCCAUGUCAAAGCCAUAGUGAAAAACAUUUCAUCAUCUCAUUCAAACACCGUUGUAGGGUUGGUCAUAGAUGUCUUCUGUGCACCCUUGAUUGAUGUUGCAAAUGACUUAGGUAUCCCUUCUUAUUUGUACAUGCCUUCAAAUGUUGGGUUUUUGAAUCUCAUGUUUUCCCUUCAGAAACGUGAAGUUGGUGAUGCAUUCAAUGAUUCUGAUCCUCAGUGGUUGGUACCGGGUCUCCCUGAUCCAGUUCCUUCUAGUGUUUUGCCUGAUGCUUUUUUUAACAAACAAGGUGGAUAUGCUACUUAUUAUAAACUUGCUCAGAGGUUCAAGGACUCCAAAGGGAUCAUUGUUAACUCUUUUUCAGAGUUGGAGCAGUAUGCUAUUGAUGCAUUAUGUGAUGGUCAAAUUCAAACACCCCCUAUCUAUGCUGUUGGUCCAUUGAUUAAUCUGAAGGGUCAACCUAACCAAAAUUUGGAUCAAGCCCAACAUGAUAGGAUAUUAAAAUGGCUGGAUGAGCAGCCAGAUUCUUCGGUUGUUUUUCUAUGUUUUGGGAGUAGGGGAAGCUUUGAGCCAUCUCAAACAAGAGAGAUAGCACUAGCACUUCAGCAUAGUGGAGUUAGGUUCUUGUGGAGUAUGCUUUCUCCACCAACCAAAGACAAUGAAGAGAGAAUCUUACCAGAAGGGUUCUUAGAGUGGACGGAAGGUAGGGGAAUGUUAUGUGAGUGGGCACCCCAAGUGGAGAUUCUCGCUCACAAAGCCCUUGUGGGGUUUGUGUCUCAUUGUGGAUGGAACUCUAUUUUGGAAAGCAUGUGGUUUGGGGUACCAAUAUUGACAUGGCCUAUUUAUGCAGAACAACAACUGAAUGCUUAUAGGAUGGUGAGGGAAUUUGGAUUGGCAGUGGAGCUGAAAGUGGACUAUAGAAGGGGUAGUGAUCUUGUAAUGGAAGAGGAGAUAGAGAAAGGGCUGAAACAAUUGAUGGAUAGAGAUAAUGCAGUGCACAAGAAGGUGAAACAGAUGAAAGAGAUGGCUAGGAAAGCUAUUCUUAAUGGUGGGUCUUCUUUCAUUUCUGUUGGAGAACUAAUUGAUGUUAUGACAGGUAGCAUUUGAUGACUAUUGUCGAAUUUCAUAAUGGGGUUGGUUGUCCAUUUUCUUUGAAUCAAAGAAAAAGUCAAAUUAUUUCAGUAACUAUGUAUUCUAAGAAAUUGAUUGCACAAGGAAGCUGAUCAUUCUAAUAAGAAAGUGUUUGCUGAAUAUUAGUUGAAAAUUAAAAUUGUUUUAGUUUGUGUUUCGUAGAUGUAGUUAAGCAAUUGUGUUAUUCUUUCUAUCCUGUUCUAUUUUAUUGUCUGGACUAUAGAAGGGGUAGUGAUCUUGUAAUGGCAGAGGAGAUAGAGAAAGGGCUGAAACAACUGAUGGAUGUAGCUAAUAUGGUGCACAAGAAGGUGAAAAAGAUGAAAGAGGUAGCUAGGAAAGUUGUCCUUAAUGGAGGGUCUUCUUUCGUUUCUGUUGGAGAACUCAUUGAUGUUAUGACUGAUAGCAAGUGAUGACUAUUGUUUAAUUUCAUAGAUGGGAUUGGCUGCCCAUUUUCUUUGAAUCAAUGAAUGAAAAAGCCAAAAUGUCAAAUUAUUUCAGUAA